AUGUUUAUUCUUGUUCUAUUGCUCAUCUUAGUAGCAAUCUUCCUCGCGACUUGUUUUACUAUUUAUUGGAAGUUAGUUCGUCCAGAGAAAUACGUCUAUGAUGCACUACGAAGCCAAGGUAUUCCUGGCGAACCGUUUGUGCCAAUUCUGGGUCAAAUGCCUGAAAUACGUCGAGCUCGUGAUAAUGAUGCUUUAUUUGAAUACCAUGAAAGUCUUGCAAAGAAACAUGGUCCAGUUUUUCUUAUUGGUUACGGUCCAUUGGUACGUCUCGUCGUGCUCGAACCGGACAUGUUGGCCGACGUUCUUGGUCGAUCACAUAUCUCGGACUAUACAAAGCCGAAAGAUUUUACUACGGUUCUAAAACCAUUGAUCGGUUCCCACAAUUUAUUAGUAAGUACGGGAUUGGAACAUGAGCGUGCUCGACAAAUGCUCAAUCCAGCAUUUCAUUUCGUUAAUCUUCAAUCGAUGGUUUCGAUCAUGGCUGAUCGAACAGCUAAAGCUAUUCACAGACUCCUAGAGUCUUCGUCUAAUCAAUCGAUCGAUCUACAAAAAGAACUGAAUUCACUCACGCUAACUAUUAUUGCUUCAAGUGCUUUCGGUCAAGGCUUUGAAACCAUUGUCAAUGCUAAAGCGAUCAUGUUUCAAACCUUUACCGAAGCACUGGAAGCGAUUAUGUAUAGAACGAUGCGUAUGGUCAAUCUCUUACCAUUUCUUGCUCAACUACCGUUUUGGCGUAAAAACAUUGUUGAUCGAGCUACUCAAAUGGUGGAUACAUUCGUUGAUCAGAUUAUUAGUGAUAGAAGACAGGGAAAAUCAACGAGUUCUUGUGUCGGAGCCGAUCUGCUGGAUCUCCUUCUUUCUGCUGUCGAUGAUCAAGGACAACCGUUUACAGAUGAAGAGAUCAAGGAACAAGCAUUGACUUUUGUUCUCGCUGGACACGAAACUACUGGCAAUUUGAUGACGUGGUUGAUGUAUAUUCUCACGACUCAUGAACAUGUUCUACAUGCCUGCCGAGAAGAAAUCGAUCGCGUUUUGCCCAAUGGUUUAGAACCGACCUAUGAUCAUCUCAGUAGUUUAUUCGUGUGCGAGGCUGUUAUUUACGAAACACUUCGUCUCUAUCCACCGGCACCUCUAUUUACGCGCUAUUGUAUACGAGCACAUACGAUUGGCAGUAAAGGCCAUAAACAACUUCACAUACCUGUUCAUACGACCGUAUGGCUUAAUACUUAUACACUUCAUCGUCGUGCUGAGUUCUGGUCUCGACCGUACGAAUUCGAUUACACACGAUGGUUACGUGAUCCUUGCACAGGUCUCAAGCCGAAACUAGCGCAUCCGUUCUGCUAUUUACCAUUCUCGGCCGGACCUCGCAAUUGCAUUGGUCAACACUUUGCCUUGCUCGAAGCGAAAGUCGUCCUAUCGAUGUUUUUGCAACGAUGCAACAUUCAGUUUGAACCCGGUCAGAAAAUUACGCCAGACAUUCGUAUCACCAUGCGACCCAAGUAUGGCCUUUUCGGCAGGAUAACUCGACGACAAUAA